AUGCUUCGCAGUCAGAUGGCCAAGAUUAUCAAGAAGACCGUCAACGCAGACUUCCUAGGACCAUUUAAGCAUCUCACUGGUUACUUUGCCAUUUUUGUUGGUGCUGGGUUAACAAUGUUGGUUCAGUCCAGUUCCAUCUUCACCUCUGCCCUUAUGCCUCUUAUCGGAGUCGGGGUGGUGUCUCUUGAGCACGCCUUUCCACUCACUUUGGGUGCCAACAUAGGAACAACUGCAUCAGGCAUUCUGGCAGCCCUGGCAAGUACCUCAAACUUGGACAAAGCUCUCCAGAUUGCCUUUUGCCAUCUGUUUUUCAAUAUUUCUAGUAUCCUAUUGUGGUAUCCAAUCCCUUACGUUCGCAAAUUACCUAUCAACACGGCAAAAUUCCUGGGCAACAAAACUGCAGAGUACCGCUGGUUUGCCUUGGCUUACCUGAUUUUUGGAUUCUUUCUCCUUCCUGCAGCUAUAUUUGGCUUGUCACUGGCUGGUUGGCAAGUCCUGGUUGGUGUGGCAGUUCCAAUUGCUCUUCUUUUGCUGUUCACCAUCAUUGUCAACAUCCUUCAGAGGAAAGCCCCAAAAGUUUUGCCAAAGGCCCUCCAAGAUUGGAAAUGGCUACCAAAAUGGACACGAUCAUUGGAGCCAUAUGAUCGUGUGUUUAAAAAAUUGGCUGGACUUAAACCAUAUUGCUGCUGCGGUAGAAAUCGGGAGGACUAA